AUUCGGGCCGUGAAGUGUUGGUUUCGCGAAGGGGGUCAACUUCUGUGCCUACGUGAUAUUUCUCGUGUUAUUACUUUCAAAGAUCUAAUAUAAAUUUCAGUUUAAUGUCACGUACACGUCAGUGUCCUAAGAUUAUUUAUAUGGAGAUCGUGGAGCGCUAGAAGAUGCUGGGAGACGAUCCACCGUACCUAUCAGUGGGUACGGAGGUUAGUGCUAAAUACAAGGGUGCCUUCUGUGAAGCAAAAAUUCGGAAAGUUGUACGAUCAGUAAAGUGCAGAGUAACUUAUAAACAGGGCUUAGGUACUGCAACUGUAGCUGAUGAUCAGAUAAAAGGAACUUUAAGAGUAGGUGCAUCCGUUGAAGCUAGGCAUGGAGACCGGAAAGAAUUUGUAGAAGCUACAAUCACAAAGAUUCAAGACUGCAGUCAAUAUACUGUAGUUUUUGAUGAUGGAGAUAUUACAACAUUGAGAAGAACUGCACUUUGCUUAAAGAGUGGACGGCAUUUUGCAGAGAGUGAAACUUUGGACCAACUGCCUUUGACACAUCCAGAACACUUUGGGAAUCCAGUAAUUGGAGGCAGAAGAGGAAGACGAUCUAGGCAAGCACAAGAUGAAAGUAGUGAAGAUGAAGAUAGUCCUCCUAGAGGAACUCGUGAUUCAGGUUCUAGUGGAACAGGAAAAGAAGGAGUGGAAACAGAACCUGAAAUUGGACGAGUUGUAUGUGUGGAACUUGGAGAUAAGAAGAAAAAAGAUAAUUGGUUCCCUGGAUUAGUGGUUGCACCAACUGCUCAGGAUACAGUGAGAAUUCGAGUGAGAGAUGAUUAUCUUGUCCGUUCAUUUAAAGAUGCGCGAUAUUAUACAGUUCCGAAGAAAGAGGCCACUGAAUUUACAAAAGAACUUGUCAACAAAGUUGAAAAUAGCACAUUAAAGGUGGCAGUAGAAAAGGCAUUGCUAUUUUUAGAAAAGAAUGAGUUACCUCCCCAUUGGGAUAGAGAUUCUCUUUUUGGACAUUCAGUAUCAAGUGGAAACAGUGAUUCUGAUGGAGACCUUGAAUCUGAUAGUUCUGAUGAUGAACCACGUGAAGAAAAAGAUCAUUUUGUGGCACAACUGUACAAGUUUAUGGAUGAUCGUGGUACACCUAUUAAUAAUUGUCCAAUGAUUGGGUCUGAGGACAUAGAUCUAUAUAGAUUAUUUCGAGCUGUUUAUAAAUUAGGUGGUUAUAAUCGUGUAACAAAUCAAAACCAAUGGAAAUUGAUAACUCGUCGAUUAAGUUUUACAAUGCAAAAUUCACCAUCUACGCACAAUUUGGUUAAACAGGCCUAUAAAAAGUUCUUACACUCCUUUGAAGAUUUUUAUAGAAAAUUAGGCUGUACUAUGGUAAAUCAUCCAAGGGGUGCCAUGCGUAAGCAACGUCCAGGUAGAAGUUUAAUUAGAGAUAAAGAUAGAAAUACACCUGUACCACCGCAAGUAUCUGUCACUAAAACUGAAAAAGAAGAAGAAGAGAAAAAAGUCGUGGAAGAAGAGAAAAAAGAGAAAAAGGAGAUUAAAAAAGAACAAGUAAAAGAGGAAGAAAUUGUUAAAAUAAAGAAAAAGGAAGAGUUUGAAGAAAGCGGUAGCGGUCAGGAAAGUGACGUGAACGUAGAAGCCGAAGCAGAAUCAUCGUCUAGUAGCGAAAAAUCUCAAAAAAUGUCGAGUUCGUUAUCGUUGUCGAAUAGAGGAAAGUCUAAAAGUAAAGAAGACCCGAAGAAAAAAAUAAUAGAUAAGAAAAAAAGUGAAUCUAAAAAACAAGAAAGAAAAGAUGAUAAAGCGAAAGAAGAAGAAGCUGCUAAAACAAGAUCUAAAUCCAAAGAUGAUAAUGUAAAGAGUAAAAUGUCUUCUGAAGUUAGAGAAACCCGGACUCCAUCUAGAGAAUCGGAAAGAAAAACUUUAUCUAAACAAAGACGUUUAAUAGACGAGGAAUUAAAAAAGCGCGGGAGAAAGCGAAAGGAAUAUGAAACGGAAAAAUCACGAUCGGAGGAACAGUUAACAGAAUCCGCACCUUGCUACAAAGGACCUGUAGAAUUAGGAGAUAGAUUGAAGGUAUAUUACGGACCUACUCACGAGUCCAAGGUUACUUAUGAAGCCAAAGUUAUCGAUAUGGAAAAGGAUGGCACAGAACCAAUGUAUCUUGUACAUUAUACUGGGUGGAAUACACGAUACGAUGAAUGGAUUAAAGCAUCAAGAAUAGCACAGAAUUUCACACAAGCUCAAGGUAGGAUAAAACGUAUUAAAACUACAUCACGACCUCAAACUCCUAGUACGAAUUUAUCUAGUAACAUAAAUAAAUCAUCAAAAAUUAUUUCCAACACCAAUUCAAGUACAUCUCAGAGCCGUCGUCGAGCGCAAAGUGUGGCACCUACGACUACAGUUUCGUCUACGUCAACAAAGGAAGUAAAAAGAGAAGAAAAGGAAAAGGACAAAGAACCAUCUCAACCAGCUAGAUCUACGACGCCACUAUCCGUUACCAGUUCUAGUUCUAGAACUAAAAGUCCAGCAACACCAGCGAAUAAUCGUCAAACACGGACAAGAAAUACUGAUCUAUCUGGUGUGGAACAUCGAAGACGCACUAGAAGAACGUCUGGUCAUGCAGAUGUUGUUCCGUCAGAAACUGAAGAGAGCGAGGCGUAUGAUUCUGACACUACAGAAUCUGAACAGACAAGAACAAAAUCUAAAAGUACAGAAGAAAGGAAGCGUAGGGAAGCGAGAUACAGAGCAGAAGAUAGAAUAAAGCCUGAUGAAACCAGUGAAGGUGAAGAAGACAAAGAUAAUCUGGAAGAACCAAGAAGAGGUAGGCGAUUAAGAAGAACGAUUAGUAAAUCUCAGGGCAUCAAGUCUGAGCCAGAUAGCGACGAAGAACAGCCCAAAGGUCGGGAUUUUGAUUUAAAUCAAAUACGAUCUGAACUGAAAGGUUUUGACAAGGCGGUGAAGUUAGAACUUGUUAGGGUCGAGCCUGACCCAGAAGAUGAAAUAAAAAUUACAGAAAAAGAAAGCGUCUUAAUUUCUCCAAAAUUAGAGAAAAAUUUGGAACCUUCGAAAUUAGAAACGACUCUCGAGGCUAAAGUAGUAGAUAAUACAGAUGAUAUAUAUGAAUUUAAAGAACCGGAACCGUUUGAAUUUGAGGUACGAAAUAAACGGGAUACCAAUGGGGAAAAAGACAAAGUAAAGAAGAAAGUGUUUGAAGAUGAACCAAAAAGUCCUAAAAAGAAACAAAAAAUAGUUGUUUCACCCGUUAUCAAGGAAAUUAAACCAGAAAUAGAUAAUGAUUCACGGAAAAAGGUGAAGAAGUUAUUUAGUAAAAGAGUUGACGAUAUCACAGAAAAUUUGUCUCCUCACAAAUCAUUGCAAUCCACAUCGUUGGCAACGUGUGAAGAAGCAUUUGAUAAACUUUGUGAAUCACCACCUUUCAAUCAAGUAAAACCUGCACUUAUUACUGAAGAAACAAAUAAGAUAAGUAAUGGAAUAGAUCUUUUAUUUAGUGAUUUGCCCGGAGAUGAUGAUGCCACUCACGACGAUUCAGAAGAUCGUUUAAUAAUAUCAGAAACAGAAGUUUCAGAAGUAGAACAAGAAAAUUUAUUUACAUAUCAACAAGAAAUGUUCCCUACUAAUGAAUUGACUGAUUCAUUGGAGUCGAACAAAGAAGAUACGAGUCCACAGAUUGAACUAUUAAGGGAAGAUAUAACACCAACAGUUUCGAGUAAACCUGAUACAUCUAUUGAACAAAAGCAACAUAUUAAAUCUCCAAUACAUAGACAAUCUCCAGAAUUGAAAACGCUUGAUACAAAAUUACUGGACAUUACACCUGUUUCAUCUCCAAUAGUAACAACUCCAGCACCAAUUAGUGCAAGGUUACCAGCUACAUCUACAAUAGAAGAGAAACUUUCUGCUGCCAUGGCUUUCCGUAACAAAACAAAGGAUGUUAAGAAAGAAGACGAAAUUCCUGAAGUUAUAUGGAAACCUUCAAAGGAAAUUCCCAAAAAAUUGGAUACUAUCAUUGUACAAAAAAGUAAAGAGGAUCAACAUGGGCCUAAGAUAGAAAUUGAAACUAAAAAGCGGGAGGAGGAAGACGUAAUAGUAAAUAACGAAGAUCAGUGCAGAGAGUUAAUGCGUGUAGUAAUUAAACAGAAAGAGGAAGAACUUCAACAAUUGAAGUUAAAGAAAGAAGCAGAAGUAAAGAAGUUCGCAGAAACAAAAGUGGAACAUAAAAAACCACAAGAAACUGAAGAAGAAGAAGAAUGGAAGCACGUAGAAAGUGAAAAGUCCAAAACAAUAGAAGAUGAAUUUAAAGAACAUGAUCUUAAAGAAAAGGACAAAGAAAAAGAAAAGCAUAAAAAAAUAGUAAGUCAAGACGUAAUAGACUCGGCGGAUAGUAGUGAUUCUGAACAAAGGUUAGUAAUUGAUAAUGAAGAAUCACAAGAUAUAAAAACUCCAUCGAACUUUGACAUUAAAUUAAGAGCAGAAUUAGACAGAAUUCAAGAUACGCAAGAAAGGUACUCGAAAUUACAAACGCAAAAGUCCCUGCAACCUGUAAAACAUCAACCACAAGAAUAUAUUUCUGAAUUCAAACCUGAAAGUACACCUGUUAUAAAAACAGAUGAAGAAGGAGAAGCAAUUAAUUCUUUAUUGUGCGAAGAAGAAAUACCAGGUUCACCAGCACCUAUCACCGAAAGUAUUGAGCAGAUAAAUGCUGGUCCAUCUUGUUCUCCACCAAAAGUUGAGACUACAGAAAGUAGUAUAGUACUAAUGGAAAUGCCUUUUGCUAGUGCACCUACUUCUGGCCAAAGUACAACUAGCAGUACUGUUGCCACUCUUAGUAUGGCACUGCCAAAAACUAUUGAAACAUCUGUUCCAGUUUCUCUUCCUCUGCAGCAAAACCCUAGCCUAGGUGUGAGACAACAGUCGCAUCAUUUACCUGCAUUGAUGCCUGCACAGAGAAGAGAAAGCAACGAAGCAGCACCUGUCAUGGAUAAUACACCUCCAACUACGCCUGACUCUAGUAUUUCCAAUAUUUCUGGAUCUCCAAGAGAAGAAAGAACAGGUGGUUCAUCACCAACUUCAGAAGAUAAUAUGAAACUUAAUCGUGAUAGUUCAGAAGCGGACAAUGAUAGCGGUGGUAAAGGGCCAGGAUUCAGUGAAGAUGACACAUUACCAAAUGUGGAAGGGAAUUCUGCGGACAGAAUAUUGAAACCACCAGCGAAACGAUCUAUUGAAGAAACGCAAUCUCCUAAGAAACGUAAAAGAAAUAGAAAACAUUCAGAGUGUGAUAAAAGUACUGGUAAAAAGACGGGAAGACAUAGCGGUAGACAUGGUAGGCACGGUGCUGGAAGUGAUAGCGAUGAUACCAGUGAAGGUUCUAAUCUCUGUAGCGUUAAUUCAACGUCAACAAAUCAUACAAAUAUCACUAGUGUUGCCGAACUUAGCAAUUACUCGUCCAGAUCACCUCGGCCCACAAAAUACAAUUUCUACGUGGAAUUAGAUCCCGAAUUAGAUGGAAGUCAAAGGAUAGCUGUAUUACAGCAAAAAUUAGCCGAAUUACGUAAAACGUAUAAUGCUGUGAAAGUUGAACUCGCUGCUAUUGAAAGACGCAGAAAAAAGUUAAGAAGAAGGGAAAGGGAAGCUAUAAAGGCAGCUAAAGCAGAAAUGCAACAAGCCUGUUCGUGAUGAGCAGCCUUGAAACAUCCUAAAUUCACUUAAUCUGCGUUAAACAAACUUUUAUACCACACCGGAAAAUAAUAGAAUCAUUGUAUGGACAUUCUACAAUCACAGCAGAUUUCAUGACAAUUUUUACCUACCUAACAUCGCUUAGGUAAUUUUCCCCCAUUAAUAUAAAUUGUAGAUAUAGAUAUAAGAUAUAGUAUAACGGAGGAACAUUUAUCAGAAUGAAAAUAUAUAUUCAUACAUGCUUUGUGUUGUAUAUUGUUUUGUUAGAAACGUAAUGUGACAGUUAAAAAUUUUUAUCUUCGAUUUGUCAUUUCACCUGCUCAGAUGCAAAGUACAAAUUAUCGAACUUGAUGAUCAUUUUCAUCGUUCAUUCUUCUUUUUUAAGAAAAGGCUGAGAAAAAUGUUACCGAUAGUAUGUUACUGUAAAGACAUCUUGGGAACAAAUAAUUGUCUAAGCCGUCUGUCAUUUCCGUUUCAAAUAUAACUUAUAGCACCGUUUGCGGUUGAGCUGUUUUCAAGACGAUACAAAAUAAAAAUAUCAAGUGCAACAACCACCAUAUAUUUCCUAGGAUAGAAAAU